ACCUAAAACUUAGAGUGGUGACUUCUUUAUUUAUCUUAUCACAAUUUCUUGAUUUCUCUUGAUUUAAUUUCUUAUUGCGUGACAGUGAAAGUCAUCUGUUGUUCGGUAUGGCAGUUGCAAGAUCUAGGACUUGAUUGUAUACCUUUUUCGCAGACGCGUGUCGUGUGACGAGACGGAAGUCCCAAAGGAAAACCUUUCUUCCUUCCAGUUUGCAAAGCCGAGCCCUUGUCUCCCCCCACCCCUUCCCGCCCCCGCAACUUCGCGCAAAGGUUUACGGGACGCCUUUCACUUUUUUAGGUUGAAGCAUUUAUCCCGUGCUUAUCACAGUUGCCUUGUGAUUUUGCCGUUAAGUUGGUAGAGACUCGUCCGAACGCCUCGCUCGCGACAUGGUUGUUUUGUCUUCAAUCGCUCCAGGUAUCUUCACGUUGAUUUUUCUCUGCUUUGCUCCAAGGUACGUCAAUCUCUCAAACACAGGAAGUUACGGCUUACCGAAAGGUGUAAACGGUGGAGUUGCCUGCGUCGCUUGCACUGCCGUCGUUGCUCUUACGGAGCAGCUGAGUGUCGUACACAACAAAACAUUUGUGGAGGCCUAUGCCAAGUUAUGUAAUGUUCUCCCUAACCUAUACAGAAAUGCAUGUAUUUCUCUCGGAGAAUUUUACAUCCCGCAGGUGAUAAGACUCAUUGAAGCUAAGUUCACUGCGGACAUUAUUUGCCAUUUCAUUCAUUUGUGCUAUAAGGAAAAGGGGCAGCCAUUCUGCCAUGCUUUUCCGCCUAAGAAGGAUAUCGGAGAAAGUGUGUCGCAGGCCAAGGAAGAAGUGGCUUCGAAACUAUCCUACGAAAGUGCAAGGCUGCAUCACCCAAAAGACCCGGCUUUCGAUCCGUGUACUCUGGAAGGUGUUAAGGAACUUUGCAACUUGUUUAACAAGGUUUUCACGAACGAUUUGCCUCUGAUAGAUUUGGAUAACGACACGUACAGUGCUUCAGUCGAGUCAUGGAGAGGUACGUCUUGGAGGGGCCGUGACUGCGAUGAUAUAAAUCACCUGAGCCACCCAGGGGCUAAGCCGAGAGACUGGGACACUGUCUUUGACUCAAAUUGCAAUGGCAUUUAUGGAAAAGAUCCUAUUUUUGGAAAGCCGUAUGAAGAAUUGUUUUGUAAAGAUUCAGGAUAUCUUGGUGUAAUUGUUCUUGGUGAUUCAGUGGCAGCCCACUUUCAUAUCCCCCCUGAGUGGCUGACAGCACGCCUGUUCUCUGCCAGAGCUUUUAGUAAUGUUGCCUUUAUAGUUGAGAAUGAAAUGGAUUGGCCCCAGCUGUCAUUGUAUACUGGCUACUUGAGGUCGUCAAGGUGGCCAAUGGAAAGAGGUCAUGGUGAUUCGAUUUACCUAAAACUGUGGGAAAGGAACCAUUGCAACCAUCGAGAUUAUCAAAAUCUUGCUAAGAAUGGAGCAGAUUCCUUUGAAGCAAACUCCAAACUUAUCAAAAGCAUGGCAAGAGACCAGAAACUAGACCAACCUGCUUUGGUUUUCUACUCAUUAGUGGGAAAUGAUGUGUGCCAAGCAAGACCUGACCUUAGUAAUCUGACCACUCCUGAGGAGAUGCAUAGAAAUGUCCUUGAAACACUUAAAGGUCUGGAUGAGCGUCUGCCAAAUGGAAGCCAUGUGAUUCUUAUUGGUUUAGUUGAUGGUCGAAUUCUGUACGACAGUCUUCAUAACCGUGUGCAUCCCAUUGGGAGUCUGAGAAAUGAUGUGACAUAUGAGCAGUUUUAUGACUUCAUGAACUGUUUGCAGAUUUCUCCCUGUUUUGGUUGGAUGAAUUCUAACGAGACCAUCAGAAAUAAAACAAGUGAAAGGGCUGCCCAGUUAAGUGCAGUGUUGAAACAUGUGGCUGAGACAAUGACAUAUGAACAUUUUGAUGUCUAUUACUUUGAUUGUCCCAUGGAAGAAGUCCUCAGGGAAUGGAAACAAAAAGGUCAUCCAGUGUAUGAGUUGAUUGAACCUGUGGAUGGUUUUCAUCCAAACCUGGUGGCCGAAUCUUUAGCAGCUAAGACAAUGUGGAGGAUCCUGGAAUCAAAAAUUCCACAUGUGCUUGGAAAGGUUAACCCUCACAAUGAAAUAAUAAGACUACUUUUUGGCAAUCAAGGAGGAUAUUAAGGGAAGGUGCAAUGAUCAAAAUUUUGAAAACAAUUAUUGUAAAGAAUCAACACCAGGAAUGUAGCUAUUUUUGAAUUACUGAAUUAUUAAAUUACAGUUUAUACUCAUAUGUUAAAUUUGCUUUUAUAAAAUGACUGACCGGGAAAUAAUUUCUAGAUAGAAAGGUAAGAAGCUACAUGUAUGUGAAUUGAAUGGUAGUUUUUUUCAGAAAGUUUUGUAUUCAUUAAUUGUUUUUUGGUUUGUUUGAAUGCAUCAUGGUUGUUGUGAUAUACAGGUGUUUCAACACUCAUUUUUACCAUGUUAAGUGUAAGUUUACGUUCCAAAUAUUAGUUGCUAAAACGAGUUGUAGCGUUACACGAGCCAAAUGCAAGCCCAAGUCAACCUCGAGUCAAGCACGAGUCAAGCCUGUUUUUUUAACUUUUUUUUUUUAUUUUGUCCCAAAGAUAUAGAUUGUGGGGAAUAAAAUAUAUGAAUAUAGAUUGUCUUAGCAGUUAACAACACUUCUAACAACAGGCUCACCUCAAUCGCGUCGCGCGCCAUCUUGUAGCCUAGACUGCUAGCAGUCUCUCUUUUCCUUGAAAACUGUGGGGAAGAACGCAAAGCGAACGUGACUGUGAGUGUGACCUACGAGCGGCGAUGCCGCAAGCCAUCGCCGCUAGCAUGUCACGCUCACGGUCACGCUCGCACGCUUACUUGUUUUGCGUUCUUCCCCACGGAUUUUCGAGGAAAAGAGAGACUGCUCGCAGUCUAUCUUGUAGCCUUACGUAACAUACUACCUAGAGGACCCUGGGAUCAUGUGUAUUCGUGCUCAGC